AUGCCCAAAAACAUCCAGCCAUCAACAAAUCAAAUUUCCGAACAGCAGCCAGUCGCAACUACAAGCGCAUUCUGGACAUUUGAAUACUGGAUGCAAUACUUUCAAGUUGACUCUGUGGAUGUUGGUAACAGGAUCAUAACGACCAUCAUGCCCAUGAAGUCAUUUAUGGAAUUAAUUGAUCAAAAUCCAGACUUUUACGGUCCAUUUUGGGUCCCAACUACAGUUAUUUUUACAUUGUUUGCAACUUCUACCAUGGCAGAGUCGAUUGCCAAAGCGUGGUCCAACCAGAAAUAUGAAUAUGAUAUGACGAUGUUGUCGUUUGCAGGUGCUGUUGUGUAUACAUAUGUACUACUAUUGCCUGCAUUAUUGUGGGGCAUCGCCAAAUAUUUUGGAAUUGCUACUAUUCGGCUGUUUGAUAUGAUCAACGUGUAUGGUUAUGGCAUAGCUAUCUGGGUUCCUGUUUCGCUUUUGUGUAUUAUUCAAAGUGACCUUAUUCGGUGGAUUAUUGUUCUUGCUGCCUUUGCACUAUCAACAUUUUUCUUUAUCAAGAAUAUUCAACCACUAGCGACAGAUGCGCGAGCCAUCAGUAUGAUAUUUAUCCUAGUGAUUGGCAGUCAGGUUGCACUGGCACUUGUUUUCAAGACACAAUUCUUUCAACAUACGAUCCAGAUUGCUCCCAGCUAG